AAAGACCAAUCGUCCUGUCGUCGCGGAAUCCACUCGUUGCCAGAAAGAUGGGAAAAAUGUAUAGCUAGCGAGGGCAAAUACUUUGAUUGAUGUGUUCUUUGCUCUUGAUAUCGAUAAUAAAUGAGUCUGUUGAACAAAAAACACCGCGGAAACUAAGUUUACCACCUAGCUUCAACGUCACUGGAGUGUUUAUGAAGAACUGGGACAUUAGAGACGAAACGGGAACGUGUACGGUUGAGAAAGAUUACAACGAUGCUCGCUGGGUCUGCGACAAAUUGAACAUUCCACUGAUACAGGUCGACUUUGUCAAAGAAUAUUGGAACGAGGUCUUUAGCGACGUGGUGGAAAAGUAUCAGAAUGGUUAUACUCCAAACCCAGAUAUUUUAUGCAACAGGAAUAUCAAGUUCGAUAAAUUUUUUCAUCUCGCGCGCAAUAGACUCGAAGCAGAUGCGAUUGCAACGGGUCAUUACGCUAAAACGAGCUUCGGACCCUAUCUAGAGAAUUAUAAAGCGGACACUAACGCGCGUCUGUUACAGGCACAAGAUAGCAAUAAGGAUCAGACGUUCUUCCUGAGCCAAAUACCGCAACGGACCUUGAGACGGUGUAUGUUUCCUCUUGGGGAUUACCUGAAGAGUCACGUGAAGGCGAUGGCUGCACAAGUGGGAUUGCACAAGAUCGCACGGAAGAAGGAAAGCAUGGGUAUUUGCUUCGUGGGGAAACUAUGUACAAGAUCAAUCUGGCGACUAUGUAGAUUUGGAUAGUGGACUGUCGAUAGGCAGACACGAUGGCAUUCACAAACGGACGAUAGGGCAAAAAUGUAACAUUGGCGGUUGCCACA